GCAGAGAGGAGGUAGUUUUAAUUGAAUUUUAAUGGAUUUGAAUUUAAUUUUAGUAUUGUGUUGAAAUUCAUUGUUGGAUGGCCGCAGGAACAAAAAGUAUUUGAAUUAAUGCAAGAAGAAUUGAUCAAAUUUGACGAUUUGGUUGUUUAUGAUAUUGACGAUUCUUACAGGAAUUUGUAUUUGAAGGUUUAUGUAGCUCUUCAAUGGCAACAAAUUUUCUGUUCAAAUGCUCAAUACAUUCUAAAAACUGAUGAUGACACAAUUGUUGAUUUUGACAGACUUCUUUGGUGGAUAGACAAUGAUUUUGGUUACAGAGUGUCUAAAUACCCUGCUGCUGUUUUUGGUGGAAUGAUUAAAAGAUCGUCUCCAAUUCGUAAUGAAAAGCAUAGAUGGUAUGUCUCUCCCAUAGACUUUCCCCAUCCAAUAUUUCCACAUUACACCAACGGCCCAACAUAUUUACUUACAUCAAAAGCAGUUCAAGCAAUAAUGAAUCUUACAGAGAAUGUUCACGCUUUCCCAAUUGAGGAUGUUCUUUAUACUGGAAUUUUGGCCAAUUUAGCAAAUGUUAAAAAAUUUAGUAUUUGGGAACACUUUAGAAUUGGAAAACAUCUCAAUCUUCAUGAAAAAUGCAAAGUAGAAAAGAAGACAGGAAAAAGAAUUCCCUAUGUUACCGCUAUUAAUGGAAUUUCUGAUGCGAGUGGAAUUAAAAUUGCCUAUGAAAGACUUCACUCUGUUGAAUGUACUCCUUGGUCGUCUUCCAAACAAAUGAAAAGUUUUUGA